ACACGCACUCAGCCAGCCACGGAAGAUCUCUGCCCUGUCUACUAGGCAAACACUACUGGCAAAAAAGGUCUCAUUGCAUAUGAGCCAGACAGCUACCGCAGAUGACAUGCAUCCGUAAGCGGCAACCACAGAUCAAUCAACUACCCAGGGGCUCCCCUGCCUCUUUAUCCAGCAUCACUCGCAGAAAACGGUCACUCGCGUCUGUCUGUCCGUCUCGGCGGCUUCUAGCCGCUGGGACGAAUGGCCUGACGUGCAGAGCCGACAUGUGCACGUCCCUGGGGACAAUGGGCAUCUUGCCGCACCUGCACACGCAAGACGUCACAGCCAACAGCAGCCACAUGGAUGACCGAGUACUCAUGGCCCUUCGUCAUCUCCAUCGCUCACCCGUGUCUGCAGUCGUCGAAUUGCUUCUUGGUGGGCACCUUGGCCUUGAUGUACAGGAGCUUCAGCGCCGCCUCGUUGGGCUUGACGCUCCGCCGCUGGACGGCCGCCUGGCUCGUGAGGCGCGCCACCAUCCGGCCGCUCGGCACAUCCAUCACCACAAAGAAGCAGUGGACGGUCACGUGACGGACCAGCGGAUGGUCCCUAAUUUUCUGCUUGUUGGCGCCAUUCGACCAUGAGCGCAGGGGGUAUGGGAAGACGGCCAGCCGGGGGGCGGUGGCGGGGCUGCCUCUGUAGGCCAGGUGGUGGCGGAUGAGGUCGGCUUCACACUUGUAGAUCAGCAGGGGCCGAGCGAUGGCGUAGUCGAGCUUCAGGAAGUCGUAGCGGGCGGCUUCGCGCCGAACAGGGUCCCGGUCCAGAUGCGACAAGAGCGACACCACAGUGGGGUGCAGGUCACGGUACAUCACGAACGACAGCAGAGUCGCCGCCGUCGACAAGGCCUGUGCACACACACACAGACAGCGAGCCAGACACUCUUCACUGUCUUUCCUCAAUCUUCGUGUUGUCGUUCAUUCCUCACCUGUGGUGACGGCAUCAUCUCGUUUUCCUCAGUCAUCAUCUCCUCAUUGUUAUGCGGCUCUGACCGCUCCGACGGCCCGCCGCCAUCGAGCUCGAUGCAGCCCACGGCCAUCGGCCCUGCCUACACACACACACACACACACACACACAAGCACACCUUGACACCCAAUGCUGACCUUCCAAACGCAUUUUUUCCCUCACAAUUGUUUCCGACUCCAUUGUGGAUGUGCUCAUGUUGCGCGUCACCGCCUGAACGCCUGCCUCGCCCACUUUGCUGCCGCCUGCAGGGCGCGGGCCUCGAGGGACGGGGAAGCCCUGGGCGAUCUCAGCAGGGGCGAGCGGCGCGCCAGCCAUAUGGGCCUUGAAUGCGGCAGCCAUUGAGGCAUCUCCACACCUGACACGCGCAUGAGACAUCGAUAUGAGUGCUAAGAUCAGAUGCAUGAAAUGGAUCAGUGAUUCGACCCUCUGUUGUGCUCACCGUGUCUGUUUCAUAUUGCUGUUGUCCUCCUUCA